AUGAGUGACAACAAAACAAACGUCGAAGUUCAGUCGAACGUUGUUGAUCCAUUUAGCAACAUGGCGGCGAAUAGUCCUUCGACCCAACCGAGCGAAAUAGCGCCAAGUCAGCAUGGAGUAGUUGAGCUCCCUCCACCGUAUUCACAAGUUCCAAUGGCGCAGUAUCCAAACCAAACAGGAAUGCCUCAAACAGCACAGCAACAAUACACAUGGAAUCCCCAUCAAGGUACAGGGUGAUCAAACUCGAUCUGGUAGUUUAUUAGUAAUGAACUUGCACAAUAGGACGGCGAAGGAAAGAAGACGGCAAACCUUAUGCCAUGACAAGCGUGACAUAGUUAUAUUUACAGAUUUUGUUGUUUUCCGUCUUCUUUUUCCUGCCGUCCUGUUGCAUAAGCUCGCUAUUAAUUACCCACAUGUGAUGAAUUACCUUAAGUCUCUGUGUAAAAGCGAGGCCAAGUGCGAAGCCAUUGAUAUGAAAAGCAUUUUAUGUUAUCAUGCAAAUAAAACCUAUUGUCACAAGAAAGGUUUUGCACCUUGGCUCGUACUUUUGAAAGUGAGAGUUUUCGGAACUCAGAAAUGGCCUAUUGCAAAUGAUCUAAUAAACCCCUGGUGUGGGGGGUGUUUAACCCAUUCGCUCGUGGAGAUUUUGCCGAAAAACGCAUUUUGAAGGUACUCGAGUGGUUUUCUGGCCACUGUCCUGCUAUAAAGAGCUAAAACGUACCACAAACCGGUUUACAGGUCGUACACUUCACGGCCUUCUGAUUCAGAUGCAAAAUAUCAGCUUGCGAAGUUUUUUGUCUAUCCUUAAAAAUAAAAUACAAAUUGAAACUAGCAAAGCUAAGGUGCAAGUCAAGCUGUAAAAAUAAUUUUCUUGAUUCUGGCUAAUUUCCCUUGUUUUUUGGCUUUUUUGUUUUGUUUGUUUGUUUGUUAUUUAUUUAUUUAUUUAUUUUUUGUCGUUUUUAGCGUAUUUACUCUUCGUUAAUAGAUAGUAAGUUAGUAAUUAGUUGUAUUAGAAUUCUUUUUUCAUUAUUUUGUAACAGGCUCCAACUCAUCGGCUCCUGUUCUGUAAGCAUUAUCUUGUAAGUUAAUAUUAUGUAAGUAAGUAGUAUUUAACUUAGCAAGUUAUAUGUAAGUAGGUAUUAAACCUUUAUGUAACUAAGUAAGUACUAUGUAAGUAAGUCAGCAUUAUGUUUGUAAAAACAAUUAAAAAUUAAAAAAACAAAAAAAAACCUUGCGAAGUUUGGGCAUGCGAAGAAAGCAAAAUUUUGAGAUAGUUUUUGGGUUUAAAAGUGACACAGCAGUCUUGACUUUUACUUUUCGCUUUCUCUCCUCCCCUCUUUUUUGGCUUUUCUUAUCUCAUUUUUUUUUUCUCUUGCUGGGCAUUUAGUAGGUUUCAUUUUGGUGGGAAUAGUUUUUAGGAAGGCUUUUAGGAUCUUAGGAUUAGGUGAAAGGAAAGGUAGGUGAGCAAUGGAACAAGAUUUUCAUGCAGAUUUUCAGGUCAAUGUUACAUGGUUUUUUUGCCUCUUUCUCCGGUGUCCUUGACUGAAUUGUGCUCAUUCUGGUAUGGUUUGAAAGAUCUCUUCACUCUGCACAAGUUAGCGGACAAAGUUGUCCUUGACCGUUAAAACUGAUGACGUCACAAAGGGUAGAAAGGACAUGGAUCCGCACAGGCGGUUACGGGCAGUUCAGGGGCGAAUGGGUUAAUAGAUAGGACCAUUUAAAAGAGAGAGACAUUUAUUCUCAUAACUGUAACAAGCUCGACAAGACUACUAGGCUUUCAGCAAAAAUAUCAAAAGAGUUAAUACUUGCAUCAUUACAGUUCAGUAUCCUCUCCAUCAAUAACAAAUUAUUGAUAUGACUUGUAUGGGCCAUAUAGAGAUCCAUAUUGUUCUUUCAAAUCGCAACAUCAGUGUCAGAAUCUAGGCUAAGGGUUAUUGUGUUACCAUCAUCAGUGUAGAUCCUUAGGCCCAGUUCAAACGUCAAAUUUCACAUGUGCCGAACUUAAUUCCUAUUGUAGUCGACAAAAAAUAGUUUAAUACGGCAUUUGAUUCAAACGUUGAAUUUAACUCUCUGAACUCUGUGGAAUUUAACUCUGUUCACUGUCAAUAUUCACAGUAAUAUAAUAAUAAUUUAGUAAAAUUCAUGCAUUAAAAUCAGGCACAUGUGAAAUGCAACGUUUGAAUCAAAAGUUGAACCUAAGUCGAAUCUUCGACUGUUUUAGUCCCAGAUACGGCAAACGUCGCAUUUAAUUUAAACAGUCGAAUUAAAUGGAUUCAAGCAUGGCACUUGACAUGCAUUUAACUCUUGCGUUUAGUAUUGGGCACUGUGAAAUUUGACAUUUGAACCGGGCCUUUCUUUGAUCUUUGCAUUGAGCAAGAUAAAGUACACCUACUAUAAAUUUUUCUCUAUCUACUCUACUUUUUUGGAGAACCCUCUACGAAGGUCUCUAGAUGGUUUUUUCCGGAAUAUGAUUACAGUGCAACUACUGUAACCAGGGCCACUUAGACAAAGUUGGCCAAUCCAAGUUGAACCCUAAGGCUGAAAAUGUCACUGGGAAACUGUUUUUGGGUUCCAUUAUUUUAAGACCAUAGUAGUGAAAUGGUACCAGAAACGAUCAUUACCGUGAAAUUCUUGGGCUUGCAAUACUUUCCGCAACACCAAGAAAUACCCCAUAUACCCAACAACGUGAAAAUCAGCCAUGAUGUAUAUUAAUAAUAAUAUCAAGCUUGAUAAAAGAAGCCCAAGAGGCAUCCCUUUAGAUUACAUUAAAUUUCAGAAUAUACAGAAAAAAUAUUUGAUGCAAUGAAAGCGAUAAUACAACAAAAGCUUUUUAGCACCUUCUUGCUCGAUAUCAUUCCCAUUACGAAUAUUCAAAGCUAAGAUACAUGAUAUAGCUAAUAAUAUAUAGAUAUAGCCAGAUGAAAAGCAAAGCAUCUGUUUAUAUAGUUUUAACUUACUUGGAACAAUAAACUUUAAACAAAUAAGGUUUACCCAAUUGCAAUGGAAUCCAGAAAAUAUAUAUACUUUAGGAGGGAAAAGUGUGAUGGUUUUUUUAAAAAAAUGUAUCUCAUAAAAUGAAAAAAAUCUUCUAUCAAACUAAUAUGUAUAUAUAUUAACAGCAAAAAAUUUUAAAUCAAAUUUGAUCGCAGUAAUACAAUGCAGGCUUGGAAAAGAAUUCUUGCCCAUUUAGACUGCAUCAGUGGGUUUCCAUUUUCUAUUGACAAUAGUUAGUAAGGAUCGAGGCUCCACUACCAGCUCUUCGUGUGCAGGCACUCUGGGACACUCUGUUAAAAUUUGGAUUAAGCUUUGCUAGAAAGGAAAAUUUAUGUAGUUGCCUUAAGCCAAAAGUUAGGUGCCAGGGGCCAGUGGGCACUGCUAGAGGAUACACAAGGUCCAUAGCAGUGCUUAGAUUACAUAUGGGGACCAAGCCAAUUGAUCAUAUUGUUUCAGUCUAAUUUCUUUUGUCUGCAUAUACUUAGAAUUUAACGGAAUGAUUCAGUUAAGUUUCUGAACUGUUUGUCUGAAAUUUGUCUGAAAAUGUGAAAGAAAUAGUGACCUAGCAUUAAACAUCUGAAAUGAAGUCUUGAUUUCAUUGUACGAGUUGAAAAAUGAAUUCUUCCAGUUUUUGUACACUUGUGCAUUUAGCUAUCAGGUAAGAAAGAAAUCUGAUGUGGUUUUGUUUCUGUCUUAAGCCCUUUUUUGAAAAUGACAGGAAAACAGUUUGCUUGUUCAGAGUCAAAAAUUUGCAGUUAAAUACUAAUUUCAACUCGCACUUACUAACAAAACCACACAGAAAAGUAUGGACACUUUCGAUAAACUUUUGACUACACUGUACUUUCUGAGCAAUAGUUAGUGAGACUUGACGUUUAUUCAAAAUUGAGGAAUACCCAUAGGAUUUUAGCGUAACAAAAACUUCAAUGUUGAGUACCACUCAUUCGCCAGUCUUCUUAUACAUGUUUAGUUGGGUUUUUGUUUGUUGUAAGUUGUUAAUUUUUUUUUCAAUUAUUUUAGGCUACCCACCAUUCCCCCAACCAGGAGCUCAACAACAUCCACAGUUUCAUCCCCAAGGAUUCCCUCCACAAACAGGCCCACAAGAAGUACAUGUUCAGCAGGAGCAUGUCAUCCGACGUGGAAUUGCAACAGCAGUGAUGACGCGUAGAUUUGUGGCACGAAGGAGCUGUACAUGGCGACUUACCAGGUUGGGAAUCAGCCUUUUCUUGGUGGGACUUAUCCUCCUUAUCAUUCUGGGUGUUCUUAUUGUCGGUCCUACACUUACGGAUCUUCGUCUUCAGCGUGGUCAGUGUCAGGUUCUUUCCGGUGAAAUUACUACAGAGGAUAAGAGCUGUGACUGUGGUCGUUAUUGCACGUCAUCUUACCCUUGCUUACAGAUUCAAGUUUCUUACUACUCCAGUGGAAAACGGCAGAAAGGUUAUCUGUAUCAAGAUGUAUACGACGAUAAGAAUAAGGUGAGCAUAACCUAAAAAAAGCACUUUAUUUGAGUGUCAAUGUAUUUAGCAUGAAAGUACUAAUUGAGGACACUAUUUUUAUGUCUUCUACUGGAGACGGUGCUGCCAUUUUUAGGUGGACAUGCAAGCCAUGCGAACGUCUAGCCAUUUGCAUGCAGGGGAAAGUCAGUACAUUCAUUUCUCUGUUAUUUUAAGACCCUGAGUAUUGAUCUGGCCCUAGGAAUUAAACCCACUUUGCAGUCAAGCACUCUACCAAUUGAGCUAAUCCUAAUAAUUAAACUUGUAAUACAGUCAGUUCUCUCUAAGAGGGACACCUUUGGGACUGGUACCGAGUGUCUAUCUUAGAGAGAUGUACAUCUUAUAGCGAGUCAAAUAAAGGGAGCAAAGAGAAGUAGGGAUCAAUGCUAGCAGGGUUCGUACAGGUCAUGGAAAACCUGGAAAGUUGUGGAAUUUAUGAAUUUCAUUUCCCAGGCCUGAAAAAUGGGUGUCUGUAAAACGUGGACCAGAUACCUACGGAUGGAGGAUGCGGAUGGGAAAAUGCGGAUGGAAAAAAAAAUGUGGAUAACAUUAAAAUAAAUAAACAAACAAACAAAGGAAAGAAAUCUUUUUUUCAAGUCGCUGUCACGUGGUUUGACCCUUCACUUACAUACAGAACGUGAUGCCAAUAGUUGACACAGUUUUGUACCAUGUAAUAAUUAAACAUCUUUCCAUGUUAAAAAAAUAUGUUUGGUUGCAUUUAUGUCACAGAAAUAAGGAUGCUCCGUUCCUCCUCCUAAAAUGCACACCUACUUGGUGCACUUCUCCUUUGAGUGUUUAGCUUAAGGUUUGCAACCGUUCCCGUCAACUGCUACCUGUACUCCUGACAAACAUAUCGAACGCACUUUCCUAAGCUUCAAUUACUCCUAGUUGUUAUCACAAACAUGACUUUAUAGGGGUGGUGCAAUUACUGAUGACCCAGUAGUUUUCACUGUGAUCCACAAAUUUUGGCAGAAACAAAUAACUGAGACACACAUAACGAGAUUAAGAACUUCCCAGCUUGGCGGAGUGUCUGAGGAGUUGAACUAGAGACUUCUGAGAUCAAAUCCAGCUAGCGGUUAAUAAUGGUAAUAGAACUGAGUGGAGUCCAAUUUAAGUGAUUAACAGAAUCCUGCAGUUGUCAGAUUUGUUUAAUGACGCGUAUGAGUACAGACCAAAUUGGAUGACACAACGUAAGCAAUUAAAGCAAUAUUAAUUAUUAAUCAUAACUAUAACAAAAUUUGUGAUAUUUUAGUUUAAUUAAAACAAGAAAUUCUGAGCGUUUUUUUGUUAGGAGUAAAAAAAGCCAUUAAAGUGCGCACAUGUGAUGGCACGUACUGUCCAAUUACUUAGGAAUGAAGUGUACUGUGCUGUUACACUGUCCUAUUAGUGCUGAAAUCAGGACAGUUGAUAGCCAAUCAGAUGUGCGCAUUUUGUUAUAGUUAUGAUUAGUACAGGAAUUGAAGUCAGGGCAUCCGGAUUGCAAUUCCAAUGCUCUAACCACUCGGCCUCACAAUGUCGUGGGCAACAAACAAUAUGAAAUGUUGUGAGGAUGCUGUUUGAUUCAAAGAUCAUUUUUGGAGUUUUUGAUGAGCCAACCUAUUCAUAUCAGGACUUAUUUUGCAUUACAGUGCAGUGUUCAACCAUGUUAUUCAGAUGAAAGUAUCAACUAUUAUGAUGUUAAAGACUUCAAAGAAGAGUAUGGCACUGUUGGUCAGUCAUUUGCUUGUUACUACAACCCCAAGACACUGGGUGAAGUGUUUGUGCAGCAUGCAGAUACAUAUAGUGAUCACAUGAAGAUACUGCAUAGCCUACUGUGGCCAAUGCUCAUCGUGGUGAUUGCUGCUUCCAUGCUUGGCAUCUUGCUCUGCAAAUCAAAAGGUCAUUGCUGCUACAAGAAGAGUGGUGCACCUGUUCCUUACCAGAAUCUGCAGGCAACAACCUGAAAUAGUUGAGAACUUGCACGGUCAUGAUAUUUUCGAUGUAGCUAGCNGUACUGUGCUGUUACACUGUCCUAUUAGUGCUGAAAUCAGGACAGUUGAUAGCCAAUCAGAUGUGCGCAUUUUGUUAUAGUUAUGAUUAGUACAGGAAUUGAAGUCAGGGCAUCCGGAUUGCAAUUCCAAUGCUCUAACCACUCGGCCUCACAAUGUCGUGGGCAACAAACAAUAUGAAAUGUUGUGAGGAUGCUGUUUGAUUCAAAGAUCAUUUUUGGAGUUUUUGAUGAGCCAACCUAUUCAUAUCAGGACUUAUUUUGCAUUACAGUGCAGUGUUCAACCAUGUUAUUCAGAUGAAAGUAUCAACUAUUAUGAUGUUAAAGACUUCAAAGAAGAGUAUGGCACUGUUGGUCAGUCAUUUGCUUGUUACUACAACCCCAAGACACUGGGUGAAGUGUUUGUGCAGCAUGCAGAUACAUAUAGUGAUUACAUGAAGAUACUGCAUAGCCUACUGUGGCCAAUGCUCAUCGUGGUGAUUGCUGCUUCCAUGCUUGGCAUCUUGCUCUGCAAAUCAAAAGGUCAUUGCUGCUACAAGAAGAGUGGUGCACCUGUUCCUUACCAGAAUCUGCAGGCAACAACCUGA